GUUGGUGAUCGGCCCCGCUCUCGAGAACACCGGCCGGAUGAUUACGGAAUCGCGGUGCGUUGCGCUGCGUUUUGCGGGUCAGUCUGUGUCGGACCAGCGUUUGAGUAAGAGUCACCCCCCGAGGUUGCAUCACCCAGAGGCCCAACAAAAUGGAACAGAAAUUCAACGAAUCAGCUGAGAAGGUCAAAACGUUCACCAAGCGGCCAACGGAUGUGGAGCUGUUGGAGCUGUACGCACUGUUCAAACAGGCAACCGUGGGCGAUAAUGAAACCGAGAAACCGGGCAUGUUCGAUCUGAAAGGGAAAGCCAAGUGGCAGGCGUGGACCGACCGGAAAGGCACCUCGAAGGAUGCCGCCAUGGAAGCGUACAUCAAGUUGGUCGAGGAACUUUCGGCCAAGUACCAGUAACGUGUGACCGCUUCCGGGCGUAACACAUUUCGGGGUGGAACGGGAUGCGGGGGGGACCUUGUUUUUGUUAUUCUUUCACCAGUUUUGUUGUUCCUUUAAAGCAAUCGAUUUAAAAUUCCGGUUUUGGUACGCACCACAAACUGCCUUAAAGUGCCAAGUGCCUUAACAACAGUAAAAACAGGAGUGCCAGUUUGGCGUAGACCAAAAAUGAUGUUACACGGGUUUAUUUAAUGUUUAGCUUUACACGCUUUAAAACCCAAUAAAUGGAUGAGUCGAACGACCCAGCAAGCUUC